GCCGUCGGGUAGUGGUGAGGUAGAUCCCACAACGGGCGGGAGGGAGAGAUCUAAUGCGGCGGGAAUGCAACGGUAACAAUGGCAUCCAGAAGAUUUAGCUGGCAGCAUCUCUCUUCCACAUUUUUGUGUCGGCAUUAUCCAAGACGGCCACCGGGCGAUCGGGUCGGUCUCUUGACCUCUUACUCGCCCUCGUCGCCAUCGCCGUCUUCAUCUCCGUGCUCACCUUCAUCGCCGUCCUUGGCUCUGUCUCCAUCACCCGUGGCGGCGGGGACGAGCGGCAAGAACGGAAAGCAUUGGAGAAGAGAGUGUUGCUUCCCUUCUCGAUUCUUGUUUUGCCGGCUAUGGAGAUCGUCAUCGGGAUCUGGAACUCCUGGGAACGGGUCAUCGAAUAUCAAGCAAGGCCUGGAGCUUGGCGCGCAGCAGGCGGGAUCCAGAGGGAGUCGUUUGUUCAUCCCUUCUGCAGUGUUCUUCACUUGUGUGAUGUUUGCCACACUCCAAGCAAGGCAGCUGUACACUAGCGAUAAACAGGAUGCUCCAAAGACAUUGGACAAGGAUGCUGACCCUGUGUAUGUCAAGGACUGGAAGAUGGCAUGCAUCCGGAAGCUUCCCCUUCGGCUGUUCUCACGAUGCUGGGGCGUACUGACUGCCUUGGAGUUGCCUGUUUGGGCGCGAAGGGUGGUUUAUACCAGCUGGGCAAAGGCCUUCAAUGCAAAUCUUGAUGAAGCUGCUCUGCCAAUUGAGGAAUAUCCGACCCUCCAGGAUUUCUUCACACGAUCUCUUAGGGAGGGUGUGAGGCCUAUAGAUUCCAGACCCAAUUGCCUGGUGAGCCCUGUGGAUGGGAUUGUGCUCAACUGUGGUGAGGUUGUGGGAGGGGGGUCUAUGGUGGAACAAGUGAAAGGGGUUUCCUACUCUCUGAGGGCCCUUCUUGGUGCUGAGCCUCCAUCUGAUUCAGAAGGGAGCAGUGAUGAAGAGGAUGCUAUGGGGGAAACAGAUGGGGACAUUGAACAGGGUCGGGGACCCAGGCCAUGGUGGCUUCUUAGAGUGUGGAGACGGCAGCAAAGAGUCAAGCCCAUUGUUCAGCAAGAGUCAAAAGGGGCGAAGAAACUAUACUAUUGUGUCCUUUACCUAGCCCCUGGAGACUACCACCGGAUUCAUUCUCCAUCAGACUGGCAAGUUCAGCAUCGCCGGCAUUUUGCAGGCCAUUUGUUCCCUGUGAAUGAGCGGUCCGUGAGAAGCACACGUGACCUUUAUGUUCUCAAUGAGCGGGUUGUCCUCGAGGGGGAAUGGCUACAAGGCUACAUGGCUUUGGUCGCAAUAGGGGCUACUAAUGUUGGAUCCAUCGCGGUGUCAAUUGAUCCAGAGCUAGUGACAAACAGACCUCGGUUGAAGAUCAGACCACAUGAGUGUGUCAGCGUUCGAGAGUAUGGCGAUGGAGGGAGAGGAGUGUCAGUCCGACGAGGACAGGAGAUUGCAUUCUUCAACCUGGGUUCGACAGUCGUGCUGGUUUUUGAAGCACCUGCAAGAACAUCAACGACAGGUUCUCCAGUCUUGGCAGCAACCCCACCAUCUCAGAACCUGUCAAUGUACUCGAUUGCUGGGGCGGGCAGGCCUACUACAACUGCAUCCAACCCUUGUAGUGAUGGUGGAAUAACGCCGGUCAAAGGAGCUGGCGGAGGUGGCUUUUCAUUUACAGUGAAUCGGGGUGAUGUUGUCCGUAUGGGUCAAGCAAUUGGCAGGUGCGGUGGCGAAGUAUCAUUUGCCUCAGAGAGGGUUUGUUUCGUGCUGGGGAUGAUUCGUCCGUGUGACUGUCUGAUUAGUGAUGAAUCAAUCACAGUGUGCUUACAGUAUUUUAGCAACCAUUAAGCUGGGGUGGUCUGGCUGAUUGCGUCUUUUACUUUGUUGCGGAUUCUGCUCAUUUAUAACGUAGUGUCAGGGUGUUGAGUCUGUUGACAGGAACUAUUUAUGCCAUGAAUGGGUGGUCAUGCAUCAGUGGGACCCGGGACCGAUCUGCAGACCAUCCAUCCGGUGCUGGAUUUUCGUUGGGUCAUGCAUAAGUUGACUCAGACCCAGGAUCCGUUAGUUGAAUAGGAAGCCUUCGGUAUUUUGUCGAUUGGGUGCCAGGGCCUUUGGUAGCUCUGCCCGUUGGUGUUGCAGGUGGCGCGAUCUGUGGAUGGUUGUGCCGCCCAUUUUCACAUCGAAACUCCGACGAAACAGUUUGUCACAGCCCCUCGUUUGUUGUCCUCUUCUCUCCCUCCCUUUCUGCCUACUAUGGUUUACCGGGCAGCUCUGUUUGACGAUAUAUCUUGAGAACCACCAGGGUCUUUGGUAGCUCCGCCCAGCCCCUCACAUUUGCGAACCGUUGCCAGCGUAAGGCCUGCCAGGGGCCAACAGCUACUUCGGGCCAUGUUAAAGGGCAGAGCCUAUCCAUGGUGCCAUGUUAAAUGGCGGUUGCGUGCAGGAUAGCUGGGAUGGGUACUGGUGGCUUAAUGACUUUUCUGCUUGAUGGCGUUUCUGCCAAGUGGCAGUUGAGUAGAGGGCAACUGACGCGCCCGGCUAUCCUUAAAUCUGAGAGGGAUAUAGACCUAGAAGCCGCCAGCUUGUGUACUUGUGUACGAGCGAAGGUUCCAUCCCAUAGUCGUCAACUGGGUCCUGCAAUAGUAUUUACCACCUCUUUGGAUACCAAGUAUUUUUCGAAUUUAUUUACUGCCCAGUUCUGUGUCCUCUCAGGGCAUGCACACAAGCAGUACAAGUUGUCCAAGUGUUUUUUUUUUGCCAAUGUUGCCGAUGAGUGUUGGAGACAAAUUCACAAAGCUCUGCCCAUUUCGGGAUUCGCAAUCUUCGGCAGAGAUGGUGCAACCAAAUUUGGUCCAGGUCCAGGUCCAGGGGCUGCCCAUUAGUCACGGUGCUGCUCAUACAAGUGCUGCUGCCUACGUGUUUGGAGGGAGUCCUGUACUGGUAGUUCUAAGAAGCAUGUCCAGGCGCUGCCAAGGUCAAGAGCAGUGAGUAAGAACAAGGUCUCCCUGGGUGGUUGACGUGACUCAGCCCAGGCCCUACAUCUCUCAGGCCAAGCCUUGUGCCCUCGCAACAUCUCUCGGGCCAAAGCCUUGUGCCCACGGAACAUCUCUCUCGGCCAAGCCUUGUGUUAGUCUGCAGCAUGUGCCCUCGGGCCAAGAGGUCUGUGAACGGUGUGCAUGGAACUUGUGAAGGUGGUUGGCACCCUACUGGAGACUGCAUUACAGCGAGUGUGACGCUGGAUGUAGCAUCAGAAUCAUCAUCAGAGAGUUGAGGAGUUAAGUUCACAUUCACAGAGUUAGGCCAUUGUAAUGCCAGUGGUGAGCAGCAAUAGCUUAGCUUAGUGGUUGUAAUGAGAUAUAGGUCCAUGCGCAAGCAGAGCCAGUGGCAGAUCCUUUCCUUUGUCUCGAAUAGUGGGUAACUUUGGGGUGGGGUCCUCUUCUUGUGUAGGGAACAUUCAUUCGAUGCUGAGAGUCGCCUGUCGGUUCGGUUAAUGCAUGUGGCACAUCCGUCAUUGCCUCAGAAAAAGGCAAAGAACUUGCCAGAUGCUUGUGUCAAGCGAAUGUUUGCAAAUCGCUCACUCCUGGAGCGGUGUAGCCGCAGUGCACUUGGGGAUGGUUGGACUCUGCGACACAGAGUCUGACGAUAGUCAGGCAUGCCCGUAAUAGAAUCUACCGAGUGCAUUGUGUAGCUGGUUCUUAACAGGGGAAGGAACAAUGGCAGACUUUUUUCAUAGGGCAGUGUUUGCAACUGUUCAGUACCUUCGUUUCUGUCCUGUGUUCGCAGUGCUCAAUUUGACUGAUAAGUUUGUGUUCACAGACUUGGAAUUUAAAUCCUGCCGACUAAG